AUGGGCCAGCAGCGGCCUCUACACCUGCGCCACGGAUUGCGGCUCCGCGGGCGGGCCCCGGACCUGCCAGGUAUAAACGGAAAGACCUACUCCACGGUGCUGAGCACGCUCACCGCCUCCAGCACGGAGGACUGUCAACAGCGGUGCAGGCGCACCGGGGGGUGCGCGCACUUCUCGUAUUAUCCCACCUCAACGGCCAGCAACUGCAAGCUCCACGACUUUACCGCCACGGAGUCCACGGAAUCAGGAACCACCUCAGGGCCCCCCACCUGUUUGGCCAGCGUGUCCAUCGUGAACAACGUGAAUGCCAACCAGAUCGGCUUCUUCCGCCUGUACUACCUCUGCACCGACUCCCUGGGUGUCCAGUCGGGCUUCUCCCGGGUAGUGGAAGUGGGCUGUGAGGGCCCCAAUCCGGGAGGAGUCUAUGGCGGGAAUACCAUCACCUGCGAGAAAGUGCAAUCGGGGCCAGCGGUGAUGGCUGACUACUUGGCCUGCGUCAAGGAAUGCACCGGUGACAGUGUCUGCGAGGCCUACGAGUUCAUGGGCUUCAGUGGCGGUCAGGGCAACUGCACCACUUGGUCCGGCUGCGAUGGGAAGUACGGCACCGAUUUGGAGACCAUGCGCCAGGUGGGCUAUUGCCAGCGCAUCAACCACUACCCCAAGAUCUUCGUCACGCCAUCUGACCGAACCGUCAACGUGGGCAACGCAUAUGCGGAAGGCGCCGUCGCAUGCACGGACUAUGAGGAUCCAUAUCCACCAGUUCCGACCACCGUGACGUCCUUCGACGUGAACGUGCCUGGGCAGUACAUGUUCUAUUACACGUGCAAGGAUCAGAUCGGGCAAGAGACCCUGGGCAACCGGACGGUCACCGUGAAGGCCAACUGCUCCUCGCCCUCAGGUGUGGCCAAUGCGGCCGACCCGCCGUGCCAAGAGGGGCUCGCGACCUUUGCGCACGGCGGCACCUGCACCACGGUGUGCCUGACUGGCUACACCCAGUCCCGAACCUCCGUGACGUGCACAACCAACAGCGAUGCAGACUUUGCCUCCGACUGGGACAACACCUUCGUGUGCGGCGACUCCCCGUGCGACGCCCCUCUGAACGUGAAGAAUUUGAAGGAAGCCACAGGCAGUGAGACGAUCUAUUCGUGCUCGGAAGGAUCACAAGUGGUGUCCGGCGCAAGUUGCACGCCUAACUGCAAGGAGGGCGACGACCCCAAGUACGUGCCCACCGUGGCCUCCCUGGCGUGCAGCAAAGAGGUGCUGACGCCCAGCACCUACGAGUGCCACUCGGUGGCCUACAUGCCCCAGUACGUGCAGUACAAGGAGCGCGAUGUGGACAAGAUCGUGGUGAAGUGGGCCAUCGGAAGUCCCUCCGACUGCGUGUUCGCGAACUGGCGCCUGGAGUACAUCUUGAUCACUUCCAGUAGCGGGCAAAGCGCCUGGAGCGACUGGCUGGAGAACCCCAACUGCCCCAUCUCUGCGCUGGGCGGCACCGCCAGGACCGACGUGUUGGAGUGCACCGCCAACACACUGGAGGAGGGAAGUACCUACAAGUUCCGUGUGCGGCAGGAAUGCACCAACACCGAUCUGAACUCAGAUUGGCAAACCUCGGAGGAGAUUGCGACCACCAUCCUGACGCCACCAGUGACCAUCUUCACGCUGCCCAACGCCGACGUCUACGGCAGCCCGGGCAGCGUCAUGGUAGCCUUUGACCAGGCGGUGCAGCCCGGCUACGCGGACCGGAAGGUGGAGCUCAUCAAGUUCGGCGAGAAUUGCCAGCCCUCGGCGGACGGCACCUACAACUUCACCAAGUACGCCCCGGAGAUGAAGACCACGUCCUUGGAGGGAGCCAGUGGUAUGGAGAUCGCAGGCUCGCGGAUCCUCAUCGUCACGCCUUUCGCGGAGUACUUCACGGGGAGCUGCACCUACAACGUGAGCUUCGAAGCGGCGAGCAUUCUGCCGGACACCACAGGGACGAUCAAAGAGCUCGUGGCCUUCUGGUACAACUUCACCUAUAUCGAAGUGCCACCUUCCCUGACAUACAUCACGCGCAAUGACUCUGCGACUUCCACAACUGCGAUCGGGUACAACAUCCUUUGGACCAAGAGGACGCAGAUGAACUGCACGGCGAGCCCCAAGGACGCCAGCAGCUGCCAAGCCAAGGCCAGCACCGCGGCGCUGUCCCCCACCAUCGCCCGGCGCUGUGAGUCCAGGAACUCCACCAAUGAUAUGAUCCAGGAGCUGGAUACGCCCUUAAGCUUCACCAUCGAUGAUCUCUACCCAGGCGUGCAGUACUUCGUGGUAUGCGCCGGCUGGAUCCCGGGCCAGUUUUGGGUCCCCACAGUAGACAUCGAUGCCUCCCAGGAGAUCCAUCAGACUGUCACCACGGACCAGGACACCGAGGUGGGCAUCUCGAGCUUUCGGCUCACCGUCUUCGCCGUGUGCGAGGACGGCAGCGAGGGCCAGGUGUACCAAGCCUACUUGCGCACCAGCGAGUUUGACCUGGGCUACACCACGCAGAUCGAUCACUGGCUUGGAGCUUGCCGUGUAGGUGGCACGUUGGCCCUGGAGGAGAGCGUGAACUUCCGGUGGCUGGGUGAGGUGGUGACCGUCAGCGCCAACGCUUACGUGCAGUGGGACGCCGGGCCCAGCUUGGUUGUAACCUACACGAAGCCAGCGGACGCGACCGAGAGUGCGAUUGUCACAAACCACCUGAAGUUUACCAUCCUCUCGCUGGCUUGGUGGGAGGAAAACCGCGACACCUACAAGCAGGCUCAUCAGGUACAGCUGCAGAUUGUGGACAUUGGCUUCAGCUACCCGGCGCCUGCUGGCUUCUCAAAGGCCUACAGUAUCCAAAGCGGCGGAAGCGGCCUGGCGCCGCUGUACCAGAGCUCCGGGGAGGCCCUGCCCUCGGGCUACGAGGAGCUGGUUCUGGAUGUGGGUGCCUUGCUGCACUUCAACAUCAAGGUGUCGCAGUCCAGCUUCGAUUGGGGCGAUGUGAGUCUGCACCUGAAGUCGGUGACAGUGGGCUUCCCGGUGCCCAUGGUCAAGGUAUCUGAGAACGGGCAAGAGGCCCUCUGGGCGCUGAACUUCACGGGCCAGGGAACACAGAGACAAGGCGAAGGCCGGGGGGAGGUGUGA